AUGGCGGCCGUAUGUGAAGAAUUUCCGAGCGAAUCACUUCUACACGAGCUUAUUUCUUCUUUUCCUCGAGCAUGGCAAGGGUUGUUUGCUUCUUUGAAUGUUAGAGAAAGCCUUGCUGUUCAUUCAGGCACGAAAUGGUUACGGGAUAACUCUCAGUCUAUCGUUAAAUCUAAGACAGACUUCAUUUCUCCGCACUGGCCAGACCUCAUCAGGUCGUUGUGUCUGUCGUUUCCAGUCGCACUAGGCGAACAUGUUAUAUUUCAGUCGAAGUUUUCUUGUUUCACGUUGAUAUUGCAGAGAAAUGUGCUGGGUUUUAUUGUUUAUUAUUCUGAAAAAAUUCCUGUUGACGAUAUUAAGAUUUUUGUGGCAAUGUUGGAGGCAUUACCCCAAAUGAAAAAAUACUGGUUUGCAGCUCUAGUGUCAAUACUUCAAAUCCAGGUGAAAAGCAGAGAAGAAAACCCCAAAAGUAUAAAGGUCUCCGCGUGUAAUUUUAUUUCUGAAAGGAAUCAAAUAAGACUUGGCAAUCUUUGUUCAAAGUUGAAGCAUAGCUCAGCAGCAAGCAGUUCUUUGUUGACUGCUAAGCUAGAGUUAUUGCCAGCAUUUUCAAGCAACAGUCAAAGGAAUGUUGCUAUGGAGAAUAAAGAGUUAAUUAGUGAUCAAGAUGGAUGUAACCCAGUGACUAGCAUGGAAAUUGAUAAUGUUUCCCAGUCAGAAGUGAUAGAAAUUUCUGAUGACUCACCAGAAAUGUCACCACUUGAAUCAACUGAAAUCCCUAACCCCCCUGAGAUGAAAGUAGAAAUAAGUGUGGAACCAGAACAAUCUGAAGAAGAUGCCUUCCUGGAAAAAUAUAUACCAUUCAAAGACCAUUUAAGGUCUUUGGAAGAUCUUGAUGCUGUAAUUUUCCAAGCAUUUCUGAAUGUUUUUUUAGAAAAUACAUCUAAUGAUUUGGUGAAGAUAUGCACAUUUUUAGAUGUUUCUACAAUCCCUGAAACCUCCCUUGUCAUGCUUAUCAAACAAUUCUUGUUAUUAGAGAAAGAAAGUAGCUUCCAAGCAACCAUCGUAUUUGCAGAAUAUUGUAUAGGGUCAUGGUUAUCUACCUUACAGCAGGCUGGGUCACGUAAUCUGCUUGCAGCUGUGGCUAGCUUUGCACAGAAACAUCCAAAAUCGUUUGUUGAUGGUGUCAUGGUUACACUUUUCAACACAACAUCUUUUUUGUGGCCACAAUGUGAUUUAACUGUAAAAGUUAUAAAAAACCUCAAGAAUGAUACACUGUUGUAUUUCAUGGAAAAGCUUCUACAGUCAGAUAGGAAAGAAGUAUGGAAUGAACACAUGAUACACUUUCUAGUCACAGUUCUAGACAGGAGAUUAGAUCUUGAUAUUUCACAUUUUGAGAAGUUUGUGAAUUGGUUACAGUUCCAGUCUCUUUCACAUGCAAAAAGUUUGAAAUUUGCUAAAUUCAUCUGCACAAUAAUUAACAAGUAUGCUGAAUUUGUUAAGAUAUGGCUGUCUACCUUCAAGCAGAUAUUGGAAGAGAAUAAGACUUUUCUUAAAAAGUCAGGUUUAACUGCUUUGAAAAAACUAGAAGAUUGAAGUUUUUGGUCUAAUGUUAUGAAUAGGAUAAUUUUAAGGCAAGUUUUAAGCCUCCUGCUUGGGCUAGUUCGUUCAAAGAGGGAGUACGUUCAAAAUGUUGCAAAGCAGCUAUAAUUUGCAGGCAAGAGGGAAUCUUUUUUCCAAAGAUAAAAAAAUUAAACCGUUGACGUUGUCGGGCAUUGUAUAUUCUUACUUUUUAAUUAUUUACAUGUAGUACUAAGUGACACACUAAAAAAACGAGAACAUAUAUAAACAUCACA